AUGACGAUAAAUUGCUUUGGUCUGCUGACGGCUCUGAGAAAUCAAGUUCCUCUGAAGAGCAUUGAUGCUCAGCUGGAGGUGAAGGACCAUGUAGCUACUCUGGUCUCCACUCUGAACUAUGAGAACAAGGAGGACAAACCUCUAGAGGCUGUGUUUGUCUUCCCUCUGCCUGGAGAUGCUGCUGUGUGUCAUUUCAGUGCUCAGAUUGGAGAAACACACAUUGUAGCUGAGGUGAAGGAGAAACAGCAGGCUCAGGAGGAGUAUGAUGAUGCUCUGAGCUCCGGUCAGCAAGCCUUCCUGUUGGAGGAGAGUGAUGAGAGUCCAGAUAUCUUCUCUCUGAAAGUGGGCAGUCUGCCUCCAGGAGAGAGCGCCUCCAUCAGGCUGGAGUACGUCACUGAACUGGCUGUGCAGGCUGAUGAUGGGCUGAGGUUCUGUAUGCUUGCUGUGCUCAACCCUCGAUACCAACCUCAGGGUAGUGAAGGUCCCAGUGUCCAGGUGACCUCAGUUCCAGCCUCUCUGGUGCCCUACAGUCUGUCCUUUUCUGCCCAGGUCUCCUCUCCUCGUCCAAUCUCUAAAAUAGAGUCCAGUUGUUCUCUGGAGCCUCUUCAGUACCUCAACGCUGAUCAAACUCAGGCCACGGUUAAAUUGGUUGCAGGACACAAGUUUGACAGAGACGUUGAGCUACUGAUUUAUUACAAAGAUGCCCACCAGCCCUCUGCUGUGGUGGAGGCAGGACAGGCCUCUGCCAAACCUGGCUCUCUGAUGGGUGAUCCAGUGGUGAUGGUUAGCCUUUACCCAGAGUUCUCCCAAUCAGUGAUGUCCUCACUCACUACUUGUGGAGAGUUUAUAUUUUUGGUGGAUCGAUCAGGAAGUAUGCGUUCAAGAAUGAAUCACAAAACAUCUCAGAGUCGCAUGGACAGUGCCAAGGAAACUCUGUUGUUCCUUUUGAAGAGCUUGCCAAUGGGCUGCUACUUCAACAUCUACAGUUUUGGGACAACGUUUGAAUACACCUUCCCCAACAGUGUGAAGUACACCCAGAAAACAAUGGAGAACGCUCUGAAGAAAGUUGAAGAGAUGGCAGCUGAUCUGGGGGGAACAGAAAUCCUGCAGCCACUCACACUUAUUUACAGCCAGCAGUGCAUUCCUAAUCAUCCCAGACAACUGUUUGUCUUUUCUGAUGGAGAAGUUGGAAACACCAAAGAUGUUUUAGAUCUGGUCAGAAAGAAUUCAGAUUCCCACAGGUGCUUAUCCUUUGGGAUUGGGGAAGGAGCAAGUUCUGCUCUCAUCAACGGGAUGGCCAAAGAAGGUGGAGGUCACGCUCAGUUCAUAACAGGAACUGAAAGGAUGCAACCAAAAGUGAUGGAGUCACUGCGAUUUGCUUUGCAUCCAACUGUAGUGGACAUUUCACUCACUUGGGAUUUACCAAAAGGAGUGUCAGCCACUGUUCUCUCUCCACCAAUCAAAGCACUUUUCCAGGGUCAGAGGUCUGUGAUAUACUCCCAGCUCUCUGGAAAGAUUUCAGAAGCAUCAGAAGCUUGUGUGAAGGUCAAGUACAGCCUGGCAGGUCAUCCCUGUGAGAACCAGCUGCACUUCAGCCUCAAUCCAUCAGGAAACACUGGAUUAACGGUCCACAGGUUGGCUGCUCGGACUCUGAUUCACUCACUUGAAAUGAAGAUGAGAGAACCCAGUGGAAUGGACAACGAUGCCAAGAGGAAGGUGGUUAAGCUCAGUGUCGAAUCAGGAGUGAACAGUUCCUUCACUGCCUUCAUUGCAGUCAACAAAACAACAAACAAAGUAAUUCAAGGACCUCUGGUACGCCGAAAUGUUCCAACAGCCA